AUCAAACACCGGUAGCCGACGACAGGUGAUGGAUGCACUUUCGAUGCCCGUUCGAUGAACCAUAAAACACAACAGGUAUCACCGAUGACGUAAUAUAUACAUCGUUUUCAAAUCUUUGAAUUAAAGCGGGUGUCAUUCGGCAAAAAGACCAAUUAAGGAUCUUGUGUUUUGUCGGUACGCGGUAGCUUGCCAAAGAUUAAAGCAAAUUUAAAUCGAGCUCGAGACAAUGCCAGCAUCAGAUUUAUCUUGGUCACCACAGAGACAACCCCUGUGUCAUGGGAUUAAGAGAAAGCUGUCUGCUUUUGAACGGAGUGCUGAAAAUGAAAUGGAUGAAGAGACUGAGGAGGGUGCUGUUUCUGGGAAAAGGAAGUGCAUUUCACACACCACUGAUAUUAGCCAUGACAUGAACAAUAUGUUUGAAAUCAACCACAAUGACGAACAAUCCUAUGAUCUCAACAAUUUUACAGACAACAACAACUCUAACACUGUCAAUCUUAAUACAGUCGAAUACCAUAAUCAACAGAUGGGACAUGAUAUGUCAUCAAUGGAGGCAUCAUCUCAAGGGUUUGGUUCUAAUCAGAUGACCAAUGUUUUUGUUCAACAGUCCAAACUCACCUGUAUUGUAAUAUCACACAACCAGAACAAGCCUUCAUCUCAGGGAGACAUGAUCAUGGACUUGAAUGAUGAGACUUACUCCAACACCCAGAUAGAUAUUUGUAGUGGUCAGGAAUCGCCUUGCGUCGCCAUGGACUCAGAUUAUGUGCCGAACCCUGAACAGUAUCAGCUUAGCAGGGGAAGCAACUCUUGUGGGGAUGCUGGUUACUACACAAACACGGUGAGGAGUUAUUGUCGACCACACUGGGACAAUCAGGACCUUUGCCCAUACGUCUCCGACUAUUAUUAGAAUCUCCAACAACGCACAAUCUCCCUUAAAUGUGUCAAAAUAUAUUUUCAUCAGAUAAGAACAAAUACAACCUAAUUAUGUUUUUGUCAAUUUUUACAGUUUUAUAUUAUAAUAUUGUUUGUAUUUUUCGAUUUUUAUGUCUACUAAUAUAUCAGAUCUGCAGCUUUUACAUAUUACAAUGCCAGACUUUGCUGUGAAUGAAAUUUAUAUGCCAUUUGGCUUCAGAUUUUUGAUGUGCCUUGUGGAAAUCUUUAAGCUAUAAACAUAUGAAUUUAAAAAGGGCAACAAAAUACUGACCAUAAUCAAUUCCGUGUUUUUAUUUUUUUGUGUCUUGGAUUAAUUCCCAGUAUAUAAAGGGGGAUUACUAAAUACUGUCCAUUUGAUUUUAGAUAAAUGAAUUUAGAAUUGCCAUAAUAAUUUAACAAGAAACAUGCAUAUAAAUGUAUAUAUUAAAUGUAUCCAGCCCGUGUUCGAGGAUCAUACCCGACAGAAAGGUUCUGUGUGAGUGGGAGUGUCACCGCCCUGAAUUAAAACCAUUAUUAAAAACAACCAUGGAGAUAAGUGGCAUAAAAGUGGUGUGCUGGCGUCAUUAAUAAACACAGCCAUGGGGAUUAGUGACAUGUAAUUGGUGUGCUGGAAUUAUUUUGAAUGCCUGAAAAUGUACUGGUACAAAGGUUGCUCUAUGUGAUCAAAGGCUUUAUUUUGAUUUCAUCUACAUGCAUGUUCAUUUGUAAAACAUGGUCACUGGGAAUAGCAGUGUAAUAUUGUCCAUCACGUGUAACUUAGAAAAUUGUAGAAUCUUAAAUUAUGGCAAAGGGUUAUUUUUAUGUUCAACCAAUUUGUAUAUAUGUAUUAAAUUCACUAUAGAAAAUUCAAAAGAAUAUUUGAAUAUCCAGGAAUGGAUAUGGAGAUGUGUAUAUAUAUGAUACACACACUACAAGCACAGGGUAAAAUGUCUCCAGUUCACAGGAGCUCAGUAUUGAUCACUUAAAAGCUAUGCCUAAUCUUACCCCUUUUGUGCAUUACUAGAGUAUGUAUUGAUGUUUCACUAGGAUUUGAUUGUGCAGAUGAUUUUUUUUUUCUUUUCAUUAUUUGCAUUGAGUUUAUAUGGCUUCAUUUUUUACUUGAAGGUUAUUUUUAUCUAAUUUUCAAUUUAAACUUCAAUUCUAUAACUGAUUAUAGGCCCAUGUACUAAAAAAAAAUAGUUUAGCCACCAGCUUUGUACGUGUAAAACUUUACAAAAAUUAUUGCUUCAACUCUGUUCUGCAUCAUGUCAGGUUAUACAGUAUAUGAACAAAAUGUUAAUUGUUGACAGGGUAUAUCGCCACCUCUAUGUAAAAAAAGUUUUCACCAAUGCAAAAAUACAUAUAUUAAGUACAAACAUGUACAUGUACCUGCAAAUCAAAAUGUUUAAAAAUGUCUUUAUAAAAUAAAUUGUAAUGUUUUGUCA